GAGGGAGGGACGGCGGCAAGCGGACAAACCAGCCAAGCGCUCUCGCUGCCGCCUCCUCGCUCCUCAGGCCGCCGGUCAGACCGCCCCCGCCCCCACUUCCAAAGACUCGGAGCGGAGCGGAGAGGAGGAAGAGGAAGGCUGUAGCGGGGGAAAGCCAAGUGCGGAGGGGAGGGGAGGGGAGGGAAGGGGCCGGUCCGCUCCAAGCGAAGCGCCGCUCGACACGCAACUCGGGAUUCCCGCCCUUCCCUUUGGACGGACGGCGCAGCCCGACCUCUCUUGCUCGCCCCGGUCCGGCCAUGGGGAACGCCGCCACCGCCAAGAAGGGCAACGAGAUUGAGAGCGUGAAAGAAUUUCUAGCCAAAGCCAAAGAAGAUUUUUUAAGAAAAUGGGAAAGUCCUGCUCAGAAUACUGCUGGGUUAGAUGACUUCGAGAGGCUUAAAACACUUGGAACUGGAUCAUUUGGCAGAGUCAUGUUGGUGAAACACAAAUCUACAGAACAGUAUUAUGCCAUGAAGAUACUGGAUAAACAAAAAGUGGUUAAACUGAAGCAAAUAGAACACACGUUGAAUGAAAAAAGAAUAUUACAAGCAGUGAACUUUCCUUUUCUUGUAAGACUGGAGUAUUCUUUUAAGGACAAUUCCAAUUUAUAUAUGGUUAUGGAAUAUGUUCCUGGAGGGGAAAUGUUCUCACAUUUAAGAAGAAUUGGAAGGUUCAGUGAACCACAUGCACGAUUUUAUGCAGCUCAGAUAGUACUAACAUUUGAGUACCUCCAUUCAUUAGACCUCAUCUACAGAGAUCUAAAACCUGAAAAUCUUUUAAUUGAUCAACAAGGAUAUAUUCAGGUCACAGAUUUCGGAUUUGCAAAAAGAGUAAAAGGAAGAACCUGGACGUUAUGUGGGACUCCAGAAUAUUUGGCACCUGAAAUAAUUCUUAGCAAGGGCUACAAUAAAGCAGUGGAUUGGUGGGCUUUAGGAGUGUUAAUUUAUGAAAUGGCAGCUGGAUAUCCUCCAUUCUUUGCAGAUCAACCAAUCCAGAUUUAUGAAAAAAUUGUUUCUGGAAAGGUACGUUUCCCAUCGCAUUUCAGUUCAGAUCUUAAGGAUCUAUUAAGAAAUUUACUUCAGGUAGAUUUGACCAAGCGGUAUGGAAAUCUCAAGAAUGGAGUAAAUGACAUUAAAAACCACAAAUGGUUUGCCACUACAGAUUGGAUUGCCAUUUACCAGAGAAAGGUAGAAGCUCCAUUCAUACCAAAAUGUCGAGGCCCAGGAGAUACCAGCAACUUUGAUGAUUAUGAGGAAGAAGAUAUCCGUGUUUCUCUAACAGAGAAAUGUGCAAAAGAAUUUGCUGAUUUUUAGUACUUGGAGGAUAAGAGGACAUCAGGGCUCAUAUUGGGGUCUUUGCACUCUGUUAACUCAUGAAGUGGAGCUGAGACCAUCAUAUGUCAAAACAAUUACCUAGUUACUUCAUUCCACAAAGCUGACUGAGGUCUUUAUUGCCAUCUUCCAUGUGUGCAGGUUGCACCAACCCUUAUAACUAGGCACAAUUAAGCAAGCACGGUUUGUGCUGUUACACAGAAUAUAGACCACUUUUCCUAUUUACCUUUUGGUUUCUAUUGUUUCCUUUGUUUUCUGUGUAUUGUUAAUUUCUCCUCUUUUCUCUGACCCACUUUUUUAAAAUGAAGUAGCCUUUUACUCAAGAAUGCUCCAUUUUAUUUUGAAUAAUGUAUGUGUAUGAAUGAAACUGAAGGUGUUCGGGCUAAAUACAAGUUAGACUGAAGUGGAAGAUAAAUGUUGCUUCUAGUUUGUGCUGGCCAAUCCUUCUGUGUCCAUCUUUGUGCGUGAGGCUACAGUUCAUAGGGUUCAUAAAAACCAGUUAGUGGUUUUUGUUUUUUUGUUUACUUUGGUAACACAAUCUAAACCUAGCCAACUUCAUUAGCAUUUUGAAAGUAGUAUUUAUCACUAUAUGAGCGUAUGCUAAUUGACUUAAGGAUCUCUUCCUGGAGACUGACCAAACCUAUUUUCAAAAUUGGAAAAUUUGUGUAGGGUACAGUAGCUAGCCCUGUGCCUUGGUUUUUUACAUUGCUGGCAGUUCUUCUCCCUGCCUCAUAGUUUGUGUUAUUUUCCUAGGCAGUAAGUUAAUAUGCUAUAAGCAUACUGUGCCAUAAGUAGCACAGUCUCAGUAAGCAGGAACAAUUCUAUCCAGUCUGGGCUUUGGACCAUAUUUAAUCAUGUUUAGUAACGUGCAUCUAAAGAAUUGACUAUUUAAAUAGGUUUUAAACACCUGAAAGCCUGGAACUUGUAAAAGAUUUGGUCAGUAUUGUUAAGAGAUAGGACUGAUUUUUAGUAAUGUCAGUGGGGCUCCUGAAGUAUUUCACAUUUCAACCCUUUUUUUAUUGAAGGGGGGAAGCAUCUUUUUUAUCUCUUUAGCUAUGAGAAUAAAUGGUUUAGCAAAUUGAAAAUUUAGUAUUAAAAUAUUGAUAAGUUGCUAGAUAAACCUGGUAUUUCUGUUAGCUGUGAAGAAUAAAAGAAACAAAUGCCAAGUUUUUAUUCUGGUAUACUAUAUUAGUAAAUUCAAGGAUGGAAUGCUGCUCCAAUCAUGGUUUCUAUCAGCAGCACUUCAUUCAUAUAGAAAAGAGACAACGUUUGAAACUGCCACCAUCUGUGAUGUGGUGUCUUCAUUUCUAACAUAUUUUUCUUUUGGUGAAAUGAAAUUUAUGGUUGCACAAAGAAUUGAUUGGGUUGAAUUAAGUUUCAUAUAAUCUCACCAACUGACCUGUAUGGAUAUUGCUGCCAUGUGCUUGCUUCCAGCACUUUUUCAGACUUCUGUUUCAGUGUUUAAUGAUCAGUAGCUCAGCACAUGUCCUUGUGCAUUUUAAAUGUAUCCAUGCAGUUUUUAGUUAGGCACUUACUUUCUGAUUUAUCCCAAGAGGGCCUCUCUUAAGAUGGCAUAUCAGUACACUUAGACUCAUGUUUUAUGUUCAAUUUACAUGUCUACAAGAAUGAAGGGUUAUUCUAUCCAAUUGAUCUAAAGUGCUAGGUAAUCAAUGAGUUCUCUACAAUGCCAAUACAUGUAAGAUAAUUGGCAUUAUUUCCUUUUAAUCUCUGUGACACUCCUUUAAUGAAAACCUCUGUAGACAUUUUUCAGUCUAGAAUAAGAUGAAUCAUACAAUCUUUUAAACAUCUUUAAGUUGUCAGGCAGUUUUGCUAAUCAUUGUUAGUUGUUUGCCAUCUUUGUCCACUACUGUCUGUCUAUGUGCAAGACAAGCAUAUGAAAAUCUGCAGUAGCAAAUUUUAUGUUAUAUAUUGUCACAUUAAUAAAUUAAACAAUUAUUUGUAUGAAAAAGGUUACUUUUUUUUGUAUUUCAUCUAGACAGAGGACAUGCUGUUGUAUGCUAGCUGUAUCCAAUAAAUUCAUUAAUUUGUUCAUGGAUUUUUAAUAAAUGCUGCAGAUCAUUUUUUUAAAAUUCUGGUAUGAAUUUUAGCCAGUAGUUUAAUUGGGUAAUUUUUAAGUAUGUGUAAAUAUGAGGCUUCAUUCUGGAUGUCCAUGGAAUGGAUUCUAGCAUGCCUAAGUUCUCAAUUUUAGAUGGACAAUUUUGAAAAACCUUUUUCAUUCUUUUGAUUUAUGCUUGUUUAAAUAUUUUAAGUUGUCAGAAAUAAACAGUAAACAUAAAUCAUAAUAAGGGAGUAAUAGAUUGACUAGAAAGGGGUUGGGCAAAAUAUAAGGAAGUUGCUAUUCACAGUGCAUGAAAACACAUUUUCCAGCAUGCUGUCUUCCAGAUAUGUCAACAAUAACUCCCUGCCAGCACUGGACAUGCUGAAAAAGUAAGGGGAUUUCUGUCCAACACAUCUGGAGGGCAGCAAGAAGACUGUGUUGAAGUACACAUUUGGCAUUGUGCUAAAUGGUCCUAUCAUUUUAAAUAUACAAAAGCCACAAGAAGAUAAAGAUGCCUCUGUCUAAUUUCAAAAACAAAAAAACCUUUUCCAUCAUAUGAAAUACUGUAUAUUUGACAGUAGAGACUUGUUAAUUUUACACAAUUUGAGGAAUUAAGUGUUGGACUGUAUGGUAUCUUUUAACUGUACUCUAGCUGUAUGUAACUCUCAUUUUCAACAUAAAAAAAUGUAUCUCAUUAAGUAAAUUGCUUCUCUUUUUUUGUCAGCUGCAUUAAAACCCUUAUUUUUAAAAUCCUUUAAGUAUUUACUGAUUUCUUUGAAAAUAAUUAGUUUGUUACAAUAGUGUGCAAUACAGUAAAAGUUUAUAUACAGAACUGCAAAUUAAAUUAUGUACAACACUGCAUAAA